CCGUUUUUAUGCUUCCAGAUGUUUCCUGGUCAAGCUUUGUAAUGUCUUCAAAAACUGAUUUAGAAUGCCGCAUUUCACAACAAAAUGUCACGGCGGACGCAUCUGUUUGCCGUGAUUUUUUGCGUAAUGUUUGUAAACGAGGUCGCCGGUGUAAGUUUACACACCCACCUCAAUUGUUGUGCGAUAAAAUAAGGCGCUCUGAACGAAUAUUCUGUCACGAUUAUCAAAAUGCUGUAUGCCGCAGACCAGCUUGCAAGUUUCUGCAUUACAGUCGGGAGGAAGAGGAGAUCUUCAGGCUUACAGGCCGUUUACCUGGUGAGCGUGAGUCUACGUCUGAUGGCACACUUCCCCCUGUUACAAACGCGAAACCUCCUGUUUGUAAGGAUUAUCUCAGCGGAUGCUGCAUCCGCGGUUCCAGUUGUAAAUAUCGUCACAUUGCUUCACACGCCAAAGGGCAAAUCCUUCAAUGUGAGACUUCAACAGUCCCUCGAGGCACUGUCUCUGACGAUACCUACUGUGUUGUUCCCGAUUUUGGACCAGUGACUUGUACCUCUGUCCCUUCAUGUGCACUGUCGAGCGCUAUCACAGAUGGAGUCUCUUUUGGGCUGCCACCCUCUACAAUGAUAACAAUGUCCAUUUCCGAGUCAGUUUCUGAUCGGCCUUCCUUCUCCCAAUCUUCCAAACACAGCACAAAUCCGGCUUUUUCCAACCAGCCUCUCCGUACUCCUGUAGGUGAUGUAUGCUUUGGUAGCUACACUUCAGCAACCCCAGUCGUUGGCGUUGUCGGUCACUGCGGACUUCCUUCUCAGAGUUUACAACACACCCUAUACGCACACUCUCCCAGUUUUGGUGCUUACGCUCCUCUUGGCUCGGUCCCCAGCACUAGUCAGCCCGUUCCAUGCUCCUCCGUUUUAGCUGUUGUGGCUGAUCCAACUCAGCACCCAGCUGUACUACAGCACCCUUCCGCUGUGCCAAAUCCACAGGCGACUUUUUUGCUGUCAAACACUGUUUCUCCCAUUCCAUCACAUAUCUUGUCUUCAAGUUCGUCUGUGUCCUCUGCUCCCGCGCUGCUCACCAUACCUUUUUCUCACUUCGAAUGUAACAGUUCAGCUUCUGGCACUAUACUUAGCCCACAUGCAACUGCCGACUGCCCAGCCAUUUUUAGCAACGUUUUACCAACCAACGGCACCGUAACAAAUACUUCGGGUGCCUACUUCCCCUCCUAUAACUUCCUUCGAAUUACUCCCUCUACAUCUGUUGCAACUCUCCCUCUGUUUCCUGGUCAACAUGUUGUCACCGAAUCGACCCCUGUGGUAUCAUCAUCAUCCACAACUGCCGUUUUGGCGGCUGCUGCCGCUGCUGGUUAUUUAGCUCAGCAUUUGCCAACCAUGGCGGGAAACACUGGUGCGUGUACCAAUGCUUCAUCCGACGAUACCAGCUGUGGAUUGGAGGUUCGCUACGGUCCGCAAGAAGAUCUCAGAGUGGAUAACACGCAAGAGUCAGUUGCGUUGGCUGCGGCGGCUAACAUACCUGCGGUAUCAGCGGCAGCCGCGGCUGCUGCUGUGGCAGCGGCUAAGGCUUUCGUUGCUCGCACAUUGGCCGAUGAGCAUACGUUGUGUGCCACGUUAAAUUCUCAGGUAAUCGUUGCCACAACCGUUGCGUCUGCUGCACAGGCCGCAGCAGCAGCAGCGGUCGCCGCCACGGCGGCUGUUACUCAUUCGGCGAAGUUCUUUCAAUUGAGCAGGAAACGGAACUCCACGACCAAUUUCGAUUCACUGAAAUCACCUUGUGCCGGGUUUUCACAUGCGCUUAAUUCGAGUACGUCUGCUGGCGCGCCUGCUUGCCAACUACCCAUAUCUCAAGCCGAGUCUGACCGUACUGGACUGUCUCCGAACACCGCUGUCACAAUGACUAACGCGGCUGCAGCUGCUGCAAUGGCUGCUGCUGCUGUCUCCGUUGCUGCUAAACAAAGACAACUAUUGUCAGAGAUGCAACACUCUACAUUCUCCGAAGACUCCAUGAACGCCUCUCCUCGCCAACCGAAGAACGCGGACUGUCAGAAGAAUUCAUACAAUGCAGAGAAUUAUAGGUUUCCCGUUACACAUGGAGCCGAUGUAUUUUUGGAGUCGAAUCGAAGACCGAGAUCUCGUCCCUGUUUUGGGUAUUUCCAACGACUGCGGGACACCAGUUGCGUUGGGGCUCUAGAGGAUGAGGAAGACGAUGAGGAUCCAGAUGUAUCUGAGGAUGACCCAGACAAUGCAAUGCCCAUCUUUCCGUCUGGACACAGUUCCUUGCAUGAUUGUCCUCGCAAACUGUGCAAGCUUUCCGACCGAUUGGAUGCGGUAUUUGUUAGUCCCACGGAUGAAUCGAGAACGGCGUCUGAUACCAGUCCGUCGGAGUCGUUUGACCACGAAUUGUCUCCGCAUGUCGAAUGUAGGGACGCAGCACUUAUCACGCACCGUUCAAACUUCAAUCGUCACUCCAGUGACCGUCAGAUUGAAACUUCACAGCUACCAUCGCUUAGUCGAGCAGGCAGAAACGAUUCGGUUGCUGUUGAAUUAGGUGGUAGCGGUUGCGAUUCUUCUAGAGACACUCGUUUACCAUCUCGCCAGUUAUGUCCCAGGCGGCAUGCCACCAGCUUUGCGAGAUUGGUUAGUGACUCAGUGCAGAUCUUCCCUUCGCGGUCGCCAGCUGGCUCUUUGAGGAGAUCACGGUCCAUGACGGCUCUCAGCACCAGUGUAUUGAAGAAGCUCGGUCCCAUUCGACCUAACUCUACUCCCGGGUUUGUAAUGGAAACAGUAUCCACUCCAUCGAAGCCUCUUAGUUCCGGAUCGCCUACAAAUCCUCAAAUUGCUGUUACUGUAGACGAACAGCUCUGCGUUGUGCCUUCACAAGGUGUGCAUAUUUCCGAACCGAAGUCACGCAACUACCUGUCUAAUUUGCAUGACUGUGCGAACCUCAAGAACGCACCAAGAUGCCCACGUACCUCUGUUAGUUCAUCUAAGUCUCACCGCCUCUCAAAAACCAAGUCAAAUGCGCUGUCACGGCGUCUGAACUCUGGAGCUAACCCACCUGUCAGACGACGAAUGAGAGACAGGCCUCAGGCUAUUGCAUCACCUGACUCCAUUCUAACGGAAGAUUACUAUCAAUGUGGUAUGGAUGAAGUCGAGUACAUGGAUACUGAGGACGAGGAUAUCUUCGAAUUGAGAGCUCGCAAAUCUUCCUUGCAACGAUCGGUGACAUCUCAGCCUGCGCGAACGAAAUUGUCCAAAUCAACAGGUGCCACGAUCUCAUCCAAUUCAUCUUACUCGUCUACAUCUGUACAAAAGCAGCGAGCGCUGAAAGCUGAAAAUUCGCGUUUGCGGCGAAAACUGUUUGAGUUGUUGAGGCAACGUGGGGACUUACGAGCUGCAAACGAAAUUUUGCUGGAACAGAAUGCUCGCCUUCGGCAUUCAAGCAAACGGGCUUCCGCGGUCGCGCGAAUGGCCGAGUCUGCUACCAAAAUAAUCGAAGCCCAUAGCAAAUCCCGGUUGGCCAAACCCGGGGCGCAUCCACUCUCAUCAGGCCAUCUACCCUCCACCACCGAGGCUCCCCGGUCCUCCGACCACUUCUCCAUUACACAAGCAGCCGCGGCAGCAGCGGCCGCUGUUGCUGCUGCUCAGCAACGGCCGAGCAUCCCACCUGUUCGAGGCGCGUACGUUUCUUCUCCAACUGCUGCCACGCAACAAGCACCACCGGCCAUAAUAAGCAGUGCAAUUCCGGGCGCUAUAGCCUUGUCUUCUCACCAACCGUUAACGGCUAUGCACAUCCAGCCAACCGGGCAACCACAGACUUACUGCUCAGUGUCUACUCAACUGUCAGUCAUAGGGGCGCAGUCAGUCGAUUCGCGGCAGAACACUGUUCAGAAUUUCUACGAGCAUCAGAUGCCCCACCCUGUUGGAUCUAUUCCGGUUUCAAUCACAAAUAUCCCGCGUCAUCCCAGUAUGACUGUUCCAUCAACGAUACAAGUCUGCCACUAUCCCAUAUCGUCGAGCGGUGCGGUUUUCUCCAGUUUACCACAAAUCACUGCGGUUACUCCGAGUAUAGUACCUAUUGGUGCUCCCAACGCCGUUACCUUGCUGGUCGGACGACCUCCUGCCGCUUUGGCUCCGGUCCAUACGGCUUUGCACCUACCGAAUAAUACCGUUGCGACGGAAACUGUCUCUGUGAAUUUCACACCAGUGCCAUGUGUCUACCAUGGCACUCCAUCACGAGUAUUCUCCUCAGAUAAGCAGUACCCACCCGCGGGCCCAGUUACCAAGGUAGAACACAUGAACAGUGAGGACAAAGCGUCGGAACAACAAACGGAUUCAAGCACAUCGGGGAGUCUCAUCCAGCAGUAAAGAUCGUCUUGUGUCCGUUGUCACGGUGAUUUUGUCUUUUGAAAACUUCGGAGAUCAUACAUUUGUGAAUGGGCUCUCAUUGUAUCUAUGUAAAUAAUCCGUCGAUUUCCCUCUAUGGCUGCUGUACAAAUUCUUUUCAUAUUCAUUACACUUACCGUUUUUUGCU